GUGUGUGUGCGCUGUCCAAGCAAGAAGUCCUCUCUGAGAGCAGAGAACGAACGAGCUAAGCUGCGCUAAUGGCUAAAAAUACAAGCAACAAAAGAUAACAUUGACUAGUCAAGCGAGGUUUUUGGUAGAAAUCUUAAAAUAAUAAAUUAACGAGCUCGAAGCGUUAGUGCGCACACUCCCAAAAAAAUGAAAAUAGUGGGUGGCUUACAGAAAGAGAGUAACAGCCAAAGAGCGUAACAGCAGCGACUGAACUGGAGAGCGCGCGCCGCCAUCGACAUAACAGUUAUUCAGUUUCUCCUGUGACUCUCUACAAUUCGCAUUAAUUUAGCAAUUAAUUUAAAUGUUUUACAUUUAUGAGCAUCAGUGUGAAUGAAAAAGCGAAAAAAUAAUGAAAAGCAUGUGACUCACAAAGAGAGAAAAGAAAACACACAAUUGAUGGAAAAAACAACAACGACGACAACCAAAGGGACCAAUCAACCCCUGCCCUGCGCCCCACCACCAAAAAACACAAACACAAGCGACAAAAGUGCCUUGGCAGAAUUUCUAAAAAUGCUUUAAAAUUACAUAAUACUCGCACAACCUGAGAAAGGGAAUCAAGCAGAAAACCGAUCCCAAUCGAUUAAGAUACUUAAUUUAAGCAAAGAAUGCAGCAAUUUCCUCUGUGACUAAGUAAAGAACAAUCGCAAUAGAAACAAAAAAAAAACCAAAGAACAUGACGCACGUAAACAAUGCAGAAGGAAACGCUGAAAGGGAGAUGAUGGAGAUGGCAGAUGAGCAAGAGAGAAACAGGGCGCCUGCUGCUGCCGGCAGCAGCACUGUUCAUCAACAGCAUCGAUUUUUAGCCAGAAGCAGCAGCAGCAGCGCCAGCACCAGACAAGAGGGUGUGAGGAGAGAGGGAAGCUGUGGCGGCGUCAAUGCUGUUGGGGAUGCUGCAACAACAGCGAUAACCUGCUUGGAAGACUUUGCCUUUGAGGCAUGCCAAAACGAGGCAACCACAAACGACUGGUCGCAAUUACGCGACGACUUUUGCAUCAUGGACGAUGAACUUGAGUACGAGGAUGAGCUGGAGCUCUCCGUGGGGAGUGGUAGUGCAUCGGCAGGAGGAGGACUGGGGGACAUAUUGGAGCAGCAAAACGAGCAAUUGCUAAUGGAAGUUCUAUGCGGUAACCGUGUUAGCCAGAUGACGCGGGCAUACGAUGACAUUGAAGCCGUGACGCGUCUGCUGGAAGAGAAGGAGAAGGAUCUCGAGCUGACGGUGCAGAUUGGCAAGGAGCUGCUCACACAGAAUAAUGCACUGGAGGCGCGUGUCACCGAUCUGGAGGCUGAUCUCAAAUCAUCCAACGAUGAUCGCUCCCAACUGCUGCACGAGCUGCACAAGAAAAACGAACUGAUUUCGGUGCUGACCAACGACGCAGAUGAUGGUACAGAUACGGAAACCCCCACCAUGUCCAAGUCCAUUACGUUGGACCUCCUCCAGCGAAAGGUGAACAGUCUGCUUGACGAGAACAAAUCCCUCAAGUGCGAGGCCACACAGCUGGCCCAUCAGACCGACGAAGUGGAGGAGCACGAACGCCAGCUGAUGGCCGACAUCGGGGCGCAGCUGCACGACGCCAACUCGCAGUACGACAACCUCAGUCUCGAGUGCGAGAGGCAGCGCGAGGAGAAUCGCCUGCAGCAUGAGCAGAUUGUGAGUCUGACGGCCCGUCUGGCCGAGGCCGAGAUGCGGCUGCAUCAGCUGACGCAGGACAACGACGAGCAUCUGUCGCUGCUGCACGUGACGAAGGAGAACCAGAAUGCCCUCGCCCUGGAGCUGGUGGAGUUCAAGCAGCGCUACGAGGAGGUACUGGCCCUACUGCACUCGGCCCAGGACCAGCUGAAGCAGCAGCGCAAGCGAUCCCAGCCGCAGGCUAGGAGCUCGUUCCUGGGCGGAAUUGGAACGAGUGGAGCGGGCGGUGGCAUGCUGAUGCCGGAUUCCCUGAAAAGCGAGCUGAUGAAUUCGUCGCUGUAUUCGGAGAACAGUCUGGACUCGGGCAUCUCCGGGGAUAGCCAGCGGACGGAUCGUAUAAGUCGCAUGAUGAUGCAUAUGCCCGGCGGCAUGGGUUCGUCCGGUGUUGGUGGUGGCAGUAUUUAUGCCGGCUCGGGUGUGGUGCCGCCCUACAAACGCGUCUUUGACACGGUCCGGUGUGCCGGCAAGAGCGGCAACUACAUGGACAGCGGCAAUGUGUCGAUGACCACCCUGGGCGCCAUGUCAAUGAGCAGCUCCUCCGGUCCGCGCAUGGCCUCCAUGGCGUAUCCAGCGGGCUCGUACUAUCGCGGCGGUGGCAAUCAGUCGUUGGGCGUUAAAACUCUCAGCAACGAGAGCCUCAACUCCCAGUCCGAUGACGGUUAUCCAGCCCAGCCCUCUGGUGUGCCAGGAGCCCCCGGCGCCAGGGAACUGGAGGCGGCCCUCAAGCGUCUGACGCCCGGUGAGGUUCUGGCUCGGCGCGCCAUGCUCUCCUACGCUCCGAUCGGCACCUACAACUACGAUGAGCCCACGAUGCAUGGCGGGGCGGGUGCCUCGAAUUCGAACCUACCGCUGGGCGUUCGCACUCCUGAUAGCAUCAUGUCGACGGGAUCGUCGCGAAUGAGUGCCUCCUCCAACAAUAUGUCCGCCUCCAUGACGCAUCAGUGGCGUCUUCCAGAGAAACUGCAGAUCAUUAAACCGAUGGAGGGCUCCCAAACCCUGCAUCAUUGGUCGCGCCUGGCCACGCCCACGCUCAGUGGCCUGCUGGACGAACGUCCGGGUGUCACCAUUCGUGGAGGGCGGGACCUGGAAGAUCUGGGCAUGCAGAUCUACACGCUGUCCGACGUCGAGGAGGAUGUCAGCGAGGAGCUGCCGGGCAAGCAGUUUGAAGCGGCCGGCUCCACGUUCACGUACACGACGAGCGUGGUUAUGCAUCCGGAUGAUGGAUUCGUCAACGACCUGUCGUUCUUGUCGCAAUCGCAGAUGUCCUCGCGCAUGGCCUCCACAUCGACAUCAAGACAGCCAAGUUGUCCCGCCACACCCCGUGCUGGACUCUCGCGCAAGAACUCCUGCUCCACGUUCUCGGUGAACCUCGGUCUGGCCGGAAUGCUCAACGAGCGGGGCAUCAAGGCAGUGACGCCCAGUGCCUUGAAUACGCCCGCCGGUCCCAACUUCUCGCCCACAGUGACGCCCUGCAACAGUCCGGAGGGUUCGCCACCGCGCUGCCAGUCCCCCGAGCCACUCUUCGGCCUGCUUUCGUCGGGAGCGGAUCUGAUACGCCGCAAGAUUGUGGGGGAUCAGCAGCAGCAGCAUAGGAGCAGCCUCAGCAAGCAGCAGCAGCAGAAGAUCAUGCUGUCGCAUCUCGAGAGGCGCGCCCUUAGAUCACUGAAUCUGAUCGAGAAGGUGGAGAGCAUUGGACUGGAGAACAUAAUCAGCGCACAGCGUGGACUCGGAGCGGGCAUUGCGAAUCGCAGCAGCUCGCCGAUGAGCAGCGGCAGCCUCCAAAGUCUCCACACGAGCAGCAAUAGCAUCGUGGAUGAUAUACACUUCGAUCGGGCGCAGAUUAAGGGUGUCCUGCACCGUGGAUUAAAGUCACCCACUCCCACAUCAUCAGCAGCAGCAGCGAUAGCUGCAACGACGGCGAGUAGCAGCACCAGCGCCUACAACAGCGAUGACAGCGACGAUCAGGGUCUGAUGAUGAAGAUUAGGCCCAAGGACACAUCGACAACAACGAAAGCGGCUGCGGCUGCGCAACAGACGGACGGAGCGAGUUGCUCGACGGGAGGAACAGCACCCUCCACCAGCACAUCCAGCGACACGCGAGUGAAGCAAAUGCAGCGCCAGAAGUCGCGACGACAGCUGAAGAACGGCAUGGCCAACCAGCGGCCCGAUCUGGGCACGAUUGAUGGCGGCGGUGGAGGCAGAGUGCGUCCCGAUUUGGGCAGAGUGGCAGACAGCAGCGGCGCCAACAAGACGUCCGCGUCGAGGGUGGCGGCCAGAAGGGAAGCGGCGGCGGCCAGGGCAGAGGAGGAGGAGGCAGCACCGCAGACCAUUACACAGGCGUUUGUCGGUUCAGUUAGUUCCUUGCUGUUUGGCCGCAAGGGCGGGUGGCUGUAGAACGAAUACCAUUAUCAGAUGAUUGUCCUUUACCUUUUAGUUUUAAACUUGCUCUGGACUAUAGUGUUUACUUUUACGAAACGAAAGCGCGAGUUUAGCAUUAGUUUUUUUUUGUUAAAGCACAACGCGAAAACGAUCUUUUGUUGGAGUCUGAGAACCGAUUGUUCUCAAGUAGCAGCAGUGCCCUCCCCCCCAAUGCCUGUCAUCGCCACCUAAUGAAACACUGGAGCAAGAAGAAGGAGAUAAGGAUUUAGUGUUUGUAGCUGUGAUUUGUAUAUACAUAUAUAAGAUGAGAAUGUGUUUAAAUUUAGUAGUUAUUAAUCAAGUACUUCGCAUAUUAUUACGAUGAUGUUGUUUUGCUUCAAUUUACAAACAAACCAAACGAUGGCCAGUUGUUUUUCGUCUAAAACCGAUUUCCAAAGCAGCUAUAUAUAUUUUUUAUUUUUACUUGAACUUUUGCCAAUUUUGUAUUUAUUUUCCCCUGUGUUUACCACCUAACCGGAACGAGAGCAUAAUUAUAUCAUACAUUUAGUUAUUAAUGAAUGGUUUAAUGCGGAUAUGGACGUAUUUCGUAUGGUGCAAAACUUGUAUAUAAGAAAAGAACGAAAGGAAGGUGGAAGCAAAUGGAAAAGAGAGAGAUCAAAUUAAAUCAAAUCAAUCUGUAUGUUGGAAAUGUGGUGUUAAGCAAAGAGGUACAUAUAUUUUUUUACACGCAUAUGUAGUUUACGUUUUUGCUUUUCCCCCCCACCACACAACCAAAAAAC